AUGAACUUGAUAGCGAUGAACGACAAGGAUGAGAUCUAUGAGGAUCCUGAGUCUACUGAGGUUGAUGAGAGCGAGGACACGGAUGAUACGGGAGCGAGUGUGGAGGCAGUAGUGAAGCAGAAAGAGGAGAUAGUCGCCAUGGAGGCAGCAGCAGUGAAUGGUGGCGAUGGAGAUGGUGUCAACACCUUUGCAGCAGCGAUCGUGGUUGAAGAUGAAGCAGUAAAUGCUAAGAGUGAGGGAGUUGAAGCUGUGAAAGGGGACAUCAUGGUGAAGGGAUCAAAGAUGCCGAGGAGAAGUGAGAGGCUUAAGGAUAUCUCUCAAGGUUUGGACGUCAAGGCGCUCAACUUCAAGACACGUAAGCAGAGGUUCAAGGUGCAGGAGCUGCAGGGGAGCGUGAAGCCGACUUAG